AUGGCUAAUUAUCUUCUCUCACAACAUGGAGAUCAACGGGUUGGAGAUAAAUGGGUAUAUAAUCUUGUUCAACGUCGCCCAGAGAUUGAAUCCAAAUUCUCACGAAAAUACAACUACGACCGUGCCAAAUGUGAAGAUCCAAAGAUUAUACAAGGCCAUUUUGACCGCGUACGAGAUAUAAUAUCUGAGUACGGCAUCUUACCAGAAGAUAUCUAUAAUUUUGAUGAGACGGGCUUUGCUAUGGGACUCUGCGCAACUGCAAAGGUUAUUACCGGAAGUGAUCGAUAUGCUCGGCCAAAGCUUCUACAGCCUGGAAAUCGAGAAUGGGUGACUGCAAUUGAGGCAACAAAUUCAACCGGAUGGGCUCUGCCUUCGUACGUGAUUUUCAAAGCAAAGAAAAACGUACGAUUAGGCUGGUUUGAUGAGCUUCCGGAUGAUUGGAGAAUCAAUAUUAGCGAUAAUGGCUGGACUACAGAUCAGAUAGGAUUAGAAUGGCUUAAAACCCAUUUUAUUCCUCUUACUAGUGGUCGUACAUUGGGAACAUAUAGUAUGUUGAUUCUUGAUGGCCAUGGAAGCCAUUUGACUGCAGAAUUUGACCGUACAUGUACGGAUCAUAAGAUUAUUCCAGUCUGUAUGCCUCCUCAUUCUUCACAUCUCUUACAGCCUCUUGAUGUUGGCUGUUUUGCGGUUCUAAAGCGAUAUUAUGGGCAGCUUGUUGAACAACGAAUGAGGCUUGGUUUUAAUCAUAUUGACAAAAUCGGCUUCUUAACAGCAUUCCACAGGCUCGCUCGUACAGUGGCAUAUAAAGCUCAAACUAUUCGGAAUAGCUUCACAGCCACCGGAUUAGUGCCUUUCAAUCCAGAUCGAGUUCUUCAACAUCUUAAUAUUCAAUUGAAGACUCCAACCCCCCCUCCAAGUCGAUCAAGCAAUACAGCAUCAUCCUGCUUACAAACACCUCAAAAUAUACGCCAAUUUGUACGCCAGUCAACUACAAUCAAUAAGCGUAUAAAUGAGCGUACAGGAAGCCUGAAUCAGAAUGAAGAAAUCAAUCAGGCAGUUAUACGGUUGUCAAAAGCCUACGAAAUACUAGCGAAUGAUGCUUUACUCGUACGGAAAGAAAACCGUGAUUUACGAGCUGCGCAUGAAAAAGAGAAGCAAAAGCGCAAAAGAUCUAAUAAACAGAUAUCUAUUGAGCAAGGGAUUACUAGAGAGGAAGCUCAAGUGCUCGUACAAGGUCAGGUUGAAGCAUCUCAAGCUGUUACUACUGCUCCAGCUGAGCCGGAGCUCCCAACUUCUCAAGCAGUCGUACGCCGCCAAUUUCGCUGCAGUGGCUGUAACGUUGAAGGGCACAGGAUUAACCAAUGUCCUAAUCGUACUAGUAAUUAA